GUGAUGCAGGUGAAGACGUCACAAGAAGUGAUUCGGCGUUGAAAAAUGAAGAUAUUUGCCUUUCGUUGGAAACUUCUCCACAUUGUUGUUUUUGUUUCACUUAUUAGAUCGGAAGUAACUAGCCAAGUUGUUCCGUGUACGUGUGCGGAAACAACGGGUUCUACAACGUCGGAUUCAACUACUUCAGUGGAAGGGUCAUCACCGAUCACUACUCUAUCUACAACAGCAACAAUAACACCGCGCAGUACGACGACCACAAACACUCCGAUAACAUCAACUUCAUUCCCCACAGGAACGACUCCUACCCCUCUUUGCUUCGGACCAGGGCGCUUCGCCAACACCACUGACACGACCUGCCGAAGCUACAUCUACUGCAGUGUAAACAGCGAUAGAACAGCCUACAUCGCUUACCCAUUAAAGUGUCCGAAGGAUUAUCUCUUCACGCCCAUAGCAGCAACAUGUGUGAGACCUGCCUCAUACACAUGCCCAAUAAAAUAGUACAUUUUGAUACUAGGCCGUGAGGAACUUUGCUGGCGAAUAUGACGUUACAGGACGAGCCUAAGGCGAGUUCUGUAAUCAUAUGAGGCAGAAAAGUUCUUCACGGCCGUGUAUCGAACAGCAUUUUUUGUCAUUUAGUCCGGGGGCGGUGAUUCAGGGACUGAGUGACAACAAAAUGAUUGUCAAAUAUAACCAAAUUACUCAGUUAAAAAUUUUUGUCUCAAUUUUCCGUGCCGAAUUCCGGAAAUUUUUAUCGUGUUCCAAUUCCACUGAAAUUUCAGGAAAUCUUAUCAUUGAAAAUUCAGGAUCUCGUGGAAAAACCAAACAGAACUGUAAGCUUUCGUUCCAUUUUUCCGCGAAAAUUAAUAGAAAAACAGAAAAUUCUGGUAAAUAUAUUCUUAAAAAAAAUCAUGAAAUUUGAGAUUUCACUG